AAACCUAAUAUGUUUUUUUUCUCAACUUUGCAUAUUUGCGUCUUCAUUAGAUCCUGACUGAUAUUUUGGUCCCCUGACAUUAUCAGCUGAUAUUGGCCUAUUAUGCAGUAUAUACACUAGCCAGACACUUCAUUAGGUACAGCUUGAUAGUACCAGGUUUUACCGUCAGAACUGCUAUAAUUCAACAUGGUGCUGUAAACAUUCCUCAGAGGUUUUGGUCCAAACUGACAUCAUGGUGUUAAUUGCUGCAGAUUUGUCUGCUGCACAUACGUGACAGCAAUCUCCCAUUCCACCACAUACCAAAGGUGCUCUGUUGGAUUGAGAUCUGGUAACUGUGGAGACCGUUUAAGUACAGUGAACUUAUUCUCAUAUUCAAGAAACAAGUUUGAGAUAUUUUGAGAUGAUUUGAGCUUUGUGACACGUCAUGUUAUCCUGCUGGAAACAGCCAUCAGAAGAUGUGUGGUGGUCACAAAGGGAUGGGCAUGGUAACAGUACUCUUUAAUACUGUUUAAAUGAUGAUCGUUGGUAAUAAAGGGCCCAAAGUGUAUCAAAAAAUAUCCCCCACACCUUCACGUCACCUGGCCUGAACUGUUGAUGCAGGGCAGGAUGGAUCUGUGCUGUAAAUAGCAUUGGUGGAUAGUUCAAUAAUUAUCUGAACCAAAAAAUCUAGUAUUGGUCAGGCAUCAGAAUUUCUAUCAAAGCUAAACUACAGGCAUGAAAAGGGGUAACACUUUAGGUUUUCAUAAAAAACACAGUAGCUGUACUUGGAGUGAACUCAGUCUCUGUAGACGUGUUCUGCGACAGGGGGGUGAUGUGCGAUUGAUCUGAUUGAAGGAAAGAUUGUCACUUUUUAUGGAAAUGAAUGUUGUGUACCCACAGUAUGUUUUAGAGCAAACACUGCUUUGGCUCAAACACUCAUUAAUAAUGUCUUCCAGUGUCUACAAUUACAGUCAUCUGUUGAUUUAUUUUUGGCAGCAUCCACUGACACACUCAUGAGAUUUUUGCAUAUUUUAAAAUUUAAAUAAAUUCUUGGAAAAAUGAUUAAGUGAUUGACAGACCCGUUUGUGUCUGUGAUCAGAGUUUGAUUGACAAAAACAGCGAGGUUGGUACCUUAGGCCCACUAUUUAUGUGAAUCAGUAAAAUAACAGAUUGGUUGAUAAUAACACUAAUAGUUUUUUGAGUCCUCAGUCUUUGUGGACUAAUACACCAGUACAAAGUAUUUCCUGCAAAGUGCAUACAAGACACUAUGCUGAAUGUAGGUUUUUAUAUGUCUGUCGCCCUUUUUCUCAUUUCGCUCCAUAAUUUGCAGCUUUCGCGUUGUCUCGCUUUCAUCAUUGGCAGGAUAUGCAUGACCAUUGUGGACCGUGAGGCCACCGUCUCGCCGCUCAACAUCUAUCUGAUCUCUCCACGCAUCCCAUUUCACUGAAGGUGCCGUGGUCGUCAGAUGACGUGAAAAGAGAUGAAAGUUCUUCACACUUGAACUUUGACGUUUCCUCAGGCGUCAAUCAGCAGCUCAUUUUGUGUGUGUGUGUGUGUAUGCAUGUGCGUGUGAUCCAUGGGACUGUUUGAUGCAUCAUUUCAAGCAGAAUAAUAUCUCCGUGCUAUUCUUUUACUUUUCAUUGCUUCUUUUUCUUUUACCGCAUUCUGCUCCCAUCCCCCCGUCUCCUUUCUUUUUCUCUCUCUCUUUCUGUCUCCCCCCUCCCCUCUCUUUUCCUUGAGUAUUCUUUCGUUUCAGUCUCUCCUCCUGCCCCCCCAUCCAUUUGCUCAUCUCCUUGUCAGUCACCUUCCAUCUCUUUCUUUCUCUCACCGUCUCUCUUCUUUCUCCUCUCUCAUGUAACACGCUCGCAUCCGAGACUGUGCACGAAACAAUCUUCCAACACUUUCCCAUACUCGUAAACCUCACUUGAUCAAUGAGAGAGUGAAAAGAUACAGAGGGGAAGGCGCAGGGAUGCAUGGAUGAAACACAGAGAAGAACUCAGCUGCAGAUACAGGAAAAGAGACAGACAGGGAUGUGCAGAAACAAAGAUGAAGAAUGACACACAAAGAAAGAAGAAAGGAGGGCGAGUUGCUUUGGUGGAGCCAUAAUUUCAGACGGAUAUGAUGCUGAUCUUGUUUUUGUUGUUGGUGUGUGCGUCUUUUGACUUUGAUGUGACUUAACCUAUUGAUUACUGGACUGUCAAGGAACCUUGUGCAUCAGUGCUGCGCCUGUGUAUGCGUGUGUUUUUAAACCUACUGGCCACACGUGCUCAUUUGGCUGCAAGGAUAUUUGGUUUGUUUAGUGUCUGCUCUGUGUUUGCGCUGGUGCGACCAGACUCUCUACCGAAACUGUGCUGAAGACUAAAGAGAAGGAGGCGGAGGGUAGCGUUAGCCCCGCCUCCUCACAUCCCUCACGUAUAAAUAGGAGGCAAACAUAGUCUAUUCUCACUCAACACUCGCACUGAAGAAUGAGAUCCUUGAAGCACCUGAAACCUCACAGCAGGAGGAGCGUGGAGGAGGCGAGCCGGCGCCUGGGUAGAUGUGAGCCCAAGGUAAUGGCCAGGCUGGUGGACAUAGGCACACAGACAGAUCCAGUAGUUGUGCUGUCCUUGGCCCAGGCCGCCGUGCUAGGUCUCAUCUCCCAGAAUGAAGUAUUCGGAGCUACCAUUGCACCAAACGGCUUCUACACUGGUGAACCAAAAGAGUCCCCUGCACCCCCAGUAGACGGAGUUGACUACGAGUACGCAGACCAACUUAUCGGCGCCAACGGAGAUUAUCUUGGAGAAAACUUGGGAGAAGACGGUCAGAUGCAACCAAGCUGCAGCCAGCGGCGGUGGCAGCAGGGGCCGCCUCAGCAUCCAGAUGGGAAAAUGGUGGUCCCCGAUCGUCAUGGCCUUCAAGCAGGUGACAUGUCCUCUUCCCACGUGAAAGGGGAAGGGAUGAACUCUGGAAUGUCCUCCUGUGUCCACAUGCUGAACAAUAUGGCUCCCAGAGGUGGUCUGGUUCAAGUAGAUCCGGCCACCCUGAGAGGCACCAACAAGAACUGUGCAGAAUGUGAGCGGGAUGCUACAAACCAGCAGCAAGCCAACACACAUGUCCACCCCCCUCCUCCCCAGGUGGCCCACAGGGGACCGGAGCAGGGCCACAGAGGACUGCAGGGCCAGCGCCCGAUGGGGGGCCACGGUCGAGGUGGUAGAGAGGAUGAAGAAGAGGUAGAACACCAGGGGAACACAAUGAUGAAACCCACACAGCAGGAGGAAGCUAUCAGCAGCUACUUCCAGACCAGUGAAGUGGGAAGCUACGAUUCUACAGAGAUGGGAAUGGGGGGCGAGUAUGAAGACAGCAGCCAGAGUAUGAUGUGGACAGACGGGAGUGCGACAGGGCAGCAUCCCCAGCCUCCACACCCCCAGCCUCCACGUAGACACGGUGGCCGUAGAGUAGACCGGCUAGAUAUCAACAUCCAGAUUGAUGAAUCCUACUGCGUAGACGUGGGAGACGGUUUGAAACGCUGGAAAUGUCGCAUGUGUGAUAAAUCCUACACCUCUAAGUAUAACCUGGUCACACACAUCCUGGGCCACAACGGCAUCAAACCGCAUGCUUGUCCACAUUGCGGAAAGCUUUUCAAGCAGCCCAGUCACCUCCAAACCCAUCUGCUAACCCACCAAGGUACGCGGCCUCACAAGUGCACAGUCUGCAAGAAGGGCUUCACCCAGACCAGUCACCUGAAGCGACACAUGCUGCAACACACCGAUGUAAAGCCCUACAGCUGCCGCUUCUGCCGCCGUGGCUUCGCCUAUCCCAGCGAACUGCGAGCGCACGAGGUGAAGCACGAACGAGGCCGCUGCCAUGUGUGCUCGCAAUGUGGCAUGGAGUUCCCCACCUAUGCUCACCUCAAACGCCACCAGACCAGCCACCAGGGCCCCCACACCUUCCAGUGCACCGAGUGUAAUAAGUCUUUCGCCUACCGUAGCCAGCUCCAGAACCACCUCCUGAAGCACCAGAGCCCGAGGCCUUACACCUGCUCCCAGUGCGGCCUGGAGUUUGUGCAACUCCACCACCUACGUCAGCACUCGCUCACCCAUAAGGGGAUGAAAGGCCACAAGUGUGACGUGUGUUCCCGAGAGUUCACCCUGUCUGCCAACCUGAAGAGGCAUAUGCUCAUCCACAACAGCGUCAGGCCCUUCCAGUGUCACGUUUGCUUCAAGAGCUUCAUCCAGAAACAGACCCUCAAGACCCACAUGAUCGUCCACCUGCCUGUGAAGCCAUUCAAAUGCAAGGUUUGUGGCAAGUCUUUCAACCGAAUGUAUAACCUUCUGGGUCACAUGCAUCUCCAUGCUGGCAGUAAGCCCUUCAAGUGUCCUUACUGCACCAGUAAGUUCAACCUGAAAGGAAACCUCAGCAGGCACAUGAAGGUCAAACAAGGCAUGGAUGUCUCACCAGAAGGACAAGAAGUUCUUCCAGAAAUGGACAGCCAGGGGGAAUAUGAAGGACAGAACUUCACCUUUACAGCACCGGACAGUAUGGACAAUGGUGGCUCCCAAAACCUCACUAAACUCACUACAGCAAACAUGGAGGACAUGGAGGAGUAUUACAAUUUUGGAAAGGAUACAAGCAGCUACACUACACCUUGAGUGGCGAUGGACCAGAAAACUUUUUUCCUUUUUUUUGUUUCUGAAGGCAGAAGGAAAUUACAGAAUUGUUGUUGAGACUUUGGGAGACUCUGGGAAAAGGGGUUUUCAUUUAGUUUUGGCCUCCUUCCAGAAGCGCCAGACUUGGCGGACUAUGAUGGGAGGCCAGGGAGGAGGAGGAGUGCUUCAAAGGAGACGUUUCAACUCUGUUGCUUAUAACCGAGACACUGAAACAGUUGACACGGUGUGAAGCUCUUCUUUUGGGAUAACUACGCUUACCGGCUCAGACUCUCACUGGUGGACAGUGAAAUCUGUAUGUUGUGUGUAUGUAUCAGUUAUUUGAAGAGGAAAAAAAAGAAAAAAGUUGCAGUUGCAGAGCCAUUGGUUACAUUUAAUGUGAUAGAAAUUUGUUUGCCAUUUUUGUCAUUCACAACCAAUGUAUACCCUCAUAUUUUUGACUGAAAGUGCCAGAUAGACAUUUUGCAACUAAGCUUCCACAGUGUCAGCUAUUUACUCACUGUAUAUCGAAGUUUUGAUACAUAGUCACAACAUAUUCAUAGGUUUGAAUGCUCUUAGUUAACAACUCCUAAUUGUAGUUGCCCGUUCCUGCCUAUUCCUCAUUUGAAAGUUCAGACAGGUCUAUCUUUAAGUGCAUUUGUACUUUUUGCACAUGACAUUGUAGCCUUUUUUGUUUUCUUUAAAAAAAAAAAAAAAAUCUUAGUAGGGCACCGACUACCAAAGUUGCUACUGUCUCAUGUCGGCUACAACCAGAAAACAAAACUGCCGGCAUGUAAAGCCCUCUCACUGUACAAAUGAUUCUGCAACAUGCAGUGUGUUUACCCAUCUUUUUUUGUUUCACAUGGUUUAGCUUUGCAUUAAUAAUCUAUCCCGUGUAGUGAAUAUACUGCUCUAGGUUUUGAAUUACCGAGUGAACAGAACAAAAAGCACUUUUUCAUCAAAACCUGUCAUUUUUUCUGUGAAGGCGGUCUUCAGUAAGAGUGAAUUCAUUUGCCUCAAGGAAGAAGAGCUGGGGAUGGAAGAUAAAAUCUUCCGACCCCUUAUAAAGGCAAUAUUAUUAAACAUAGUUAUGCUUUUUCAA